AUGACUGAAGAAUCAAGUCUGACGUUUAAAAACCCGGUCAUUCGGGGCUUCAACCCGGAUCCUACCAUCUGUGUAGUUCCCGCUACGGACUCGACCCCAACGACGUUUUUCCUUAGUACUUCGACAUUUGAGUUCUUCCCCGGAUGCGCCAUUUACACGUCAACCAAUCUGAUUGACUGGAAACUCAUCGGUCAUGCCCUCAAUCGUCGAAGUCAGAUUGACAUGCGUACCGUUGAGCCUGGAGCGGGUAGUUGGGCCAGUACUUUGAGAUACCGACCUGAGGAGAAGAGAUGGUAUUUGGCAAAUGGUGUCUUCCACCGCUACCGACCAACUGUUGAUGAACGUAUCUUCCCCAGAGGAUUCUAUGUCUGGACCGACAAUAUCUGGGACGAGAAUGCAUGGUCUGACCCAGUAUACUUUGACAAUCCUGGUUUUGACCAAGAUCUGUUUUGGGACGAUGAUGGGAAGGUCUAUCUCUCGACAACAAUGCGCUUCGCCUGGCGGGACCCCAACUCAAAGCAGAAGGACUUUGGAAUUCACAUCUCCGAGAUUGAUAUCUCAACUGGAAGAACCCUCACCGCCCCGAAAGUCAUUCGAAAGUCUCCCCAUGGAAUUGCCGAAGGCUCUCAUAUCUUCAAGCGCGGAGACUGGUAUUAUCUCUUGACAGCUGAAGGAGGUACAGAAGCCGGUCAUCAAGAGUGGGUGUUUCGUAGCAAACAUGGCCCGUUAGGUCCGUGGGAGAGCCAGGGAAAGCCUCUUUGGUACAAUGGACCUGAUGAAGAAGUCCAGAGAACGGGACACGUUGAUGUCUUUGAAGACGGGAACGGGGACUGGUGGUCUGUCUUGCUGGGUGUUAGACCAGUACAACACCAGGGGAGCUUUUUGGAACCACAACUAGGUAUUGUUUUAACAUCUCUUAGUGAACAGAAUGAAAUAACCUCUAUAGGGCGAGAGACCUUUCUCGUCAAGGUUGAGUGGAAGGACGACUGGCCAGUGUUCAACGAUGGUCACAACAUCACACUGAAGACUGUAGGUCGAGAUCUCAUCAAGUCAGCUUCAAAGCCAAGCCUGCAAAAAUGGAAAGCCGAUCUUUCAAAAGAUGAACUGGAGUUGGGAUGGUACCAAAAGAACACCCCCAUCAAGCAAAGUUAUACUCUUACAGAAAAGCCGGGUGUGCUAAGGCUCUACGGCAACUGCUACGACUUAACAUCUCCUGAGGCUCCGGCGUUGCUUUUUAGGAAACAGACUUCUUACAAUCAGGUAUUCAAAGCAAAGAUGGAGUUCAAACCUACAGUUAGAGGCUACGAAGCUGGUAUUGUGUUGUGGUGGAGCCAGCACUCUUAUGCUUCCUUAGGGGUUGUCGCUUCAGAAAAGGACGACGGAAAAGUCGAGACCAGGGUCAUUUAUAAGGGGGCUGCUGGAAAUGCCAACGAGUUCAAAACUUCAGAGACAGAUCUAGGAGGUAACCUCGAAAACGUUGAGCUGGCUAUCCGUGCAUAUCCGACCAAGUACGAGCUUUCUCUCAAAGGUGGAGGGAAAGAGUCUGAAGUUUUCACUGUCGAUGCUAGUGCUUUAACAGUGAUGCCACCCCAUGGAGGAUGUUUUGCUGGUACUAUGUUUGGAAUCUAUUCCUAUGGUAAGAACCAGCCCGUGUUAGAUCCAGUAGACUUUUCGGAGAUUAGCACAGAGGAGCUUGAGUAG